CGUUAUGUCCCGGUGAUGACAAGGGAGCCCGGCCCGCCACAGCCCCGGCCGCGGGCGCUGCGCAUGCGUGGGGCCUCGUCGCGGCGCCCCGCCGGGGCCAAGAUGGCGGCAGCGCUGCUGUCGCGGCUGUGCCGGGGCCCCGCCGGGCUCCGGGGCCCCGCCAGGCUCUACGCUGCCCGCCCGCCCCUCGCCGUAGCCCCGCCGCUGUUGCUGUCUCGCCGCCGCCCCUGCGAGCACCCGCGGCCGCGCAGCUUCUCGGCGGCCGAGCUGGUGCGCGCCGCGCCGGGCCCGCUGCAGCCCUACCUGCGGCUCAUGCGGCUGCACCAGCCCGCCGGGACGUGGCUGCUGUACCUGCCAUGCACCUGGAGCAUCGGGCUGGCGGCCGAUCCCGGCUGCCUCCCGGACUGGCACAUGCUGUCCCUGUUCGGCGUGGGGGCCGUGCUCAUGCGGGGCGCCGGCUGCACCAUCAAUGACAUGUGGGAUCGCGACUUUGACAGAAAGGUUGCAAGGACAGCAAGUAGACCCCUGGCAGCUGGAGAUAUCUCCACUUUUCAGUCCUUUGUUUUUCUCGGGGGGCAGCUUAGCUUGGCACUCUGUGUGCUUCUGUGUCUGAAUUACUACAGUAUCGUUCUGGGAGCAGCCUCUUUGUCUCUUGUGGUCACCUACCCUCUGAUGAAGAGAAUAACGUAUUGGCCACAGCUGGUUUUGGGACUUACAUUUAAUUGGGGAGCCCUUCUUGGCUGGUCUGCCAUCAAAGGGUCGUGUGAGUGGUCCGUGUGUUUGCCCUUGUACUUGUCUGGAGUCCUGUGGACGCUGGUGUACGAUACCAUUUAUGCACAUCAGGAUAAGAAGGACGACAUCAUGAUCGGUGUGAAGUCAACUGCAUUACAGUUCAAGGAGGAUACAAAACAGUGGCUUGGUGGCUUCAGCCUUGCCAUGCUCCUGAGUUUGUGUGUGGCAGGGAUGAACUGUAACCAGACGUUCCCGUAUUACUCAGCUGUGGCUGCUGUAGGGGCUCACCUAGCACACCAGAUUUACACUUUGGACAUAGACAAGCCUGAAGACUGUUGGAAGAAAUUUGCUUCAAAUCGUACUGUAGGAAUUCUGCUCUUUACAGGGAUUGUACUUGGAAAUUUGUGGAAACAAAAGGACUUAAAAAAUGUAGAAGAGCCUUUAGAAAACAGAUAGUUGAAAUUAUUAUAAAUACUGAUAUUUUAGUCCUGCUAAAAUACGUUCCUCCACAGGAUAUUGAGAUGAUAAAUGCUUUUGCAGGCAACAGGAAGGUCAGAUGUGCCUGGCAAAGGCCUACUGAAACACUUCCAGUUCCUCUGUGGACCAGAAAACUGGGUAACUAACACCAACCUUUGCCUGUGCGUGCUCCCAUUGUACUUUGUAGAAAGGUGUAUCAAAGCAAGAACAGCUCUUUGUCCAGGAUUAGCCCUACAGAAGUAGGGUGCUGGUUCCUGCAGGGAUGCAGGGAGAGGUUGCCAAGGCAUCCCUUCAUGGUGGGGCUGGAUCUUUUCCUUAGGAGCCCACUUAACACAGUGGCACAUGAGAGGUUUCACGCUCACCUUUGACAAGGGAGGGACUCUCCAUAGGGUCAGCCAAGGCAAACUGUGCCUGGAUUUUGCUAUUUGUGUGUUUCUUGGUAAAUAUGGAGGUGGUGAUGCAAGGGGGCCAGAUUUUUCCCUCCGUUUGAAAGUAUUUGCUGCAGGUACUUGGCUCCGGAGCUGCAGGGAGCAAACAGCUUGAGCCAGAGCACCCAGGCCAGCCGGUCUGGCUGGCAGGAGCUCAGCCCCCGGGGCCACCAGGGCAGCAGGUCAGGCGUGUUGCCAGCCACUGGUAACGUGGCUUGGCAUUGAACAAAGGACAACAGUUGGUUCAAAGGCACUACAGAAUGUGAGCUCUUCCCAAAUCUGAGCUACUUAAAGUCAUAUCACAUAAUUGUUCAGAAACUUACUAUUUUUCGUUUUUAAUGAAAAGGGGGCUUGACUAGGUCAGAAAGGUGUGUCUGUGUGGAAAGAUCAGAGCAUCCUCUGGGUCACUAAAAAGCCAGCUGAAAAUUAAGGUACCACAUCACCUGCACCAGCACGGCACUGUGAUUAGCCAGUAUUCAAGGGAGACACUGAAAGCACAACUGUUGUGAUGAGGGACUGGUGUGGUAAGCAAAAUGUAGAGAAUGUAUUUUGUGGGCACUUGGUUAUUUCCUUUUGGCAAAAGCUGGGAGAGGGCCAUUAGUUUAUUUCGAAACACUUCACAAUACAAAUACUGUGAAGACAAGCUCUGUUUAAGCUUCAAAACAAAGCAGACAAGAAAAAAUGGGGACAUUAACUGGUCAUGGAUAAUGUGAAGUUUUAGGUACUAGCUGAAGGCUCCUGGUGUACUGAAGAGGUGAGUUUCCUGCAGUGCCUCCCUGUAGUUUGUGGCAGAGGCAAAAGGCCAGAGCAAAUUUUAAUGGAGUGUACUACAUGCAGUACCAGAGUUACAAAGAAAAUCACAAAAGAGACAAUUUGUUUUACAGUACUUCUCUUUUCCUGCCACUUCCAGGCAGCUGUACAUAUGUGAUUUUGUCUGAACAGACCAGAAAGGUCUAGUACAAUUAAACCAAAACGAAAACAACAACAAAACCAGAAUUCAAUGCCAAGUUCAAAACUUCUAAAAAUACAGCUUUAAUUUCUGGAAGAGGGAGUGUAAAUCCACAUCCUAAUGAAAAACAAACGAAACCCACUCCCGAAUGCUUACAUCAGCAGAACACAGUUCCUCUAAAUUGCAGAGCUUGGCUAUGGCAGGUAGAGUAAUAAGGAAAUACACCUAAUAUAAAGAAGUUGCUUCAACUGCGUAAAGAACAGAACCAAGCCUGUAACAGGCUGUGAGGGCAGUGGGGAAAGCAAUGCCCAUUCUGCAGGACCUUGGGGUUUUUUCCUAGACUGACAUCAAAGCAUUUGGAACCUUCAGCUCUGAAUGAAAAGUAUCUCGCUCUCAACAAGUCCCUGAAAGGAGGUUGUAGGCAGGUGGGAGUUGGUCUCAUCUCCUGGGUAACAAGUGGCAGGAGAGAAAACGGUCUCAAGCUGUACCAGGUGAAGUUUAGAUUUGAUAUUAGGAGAAACUCCUUCACUGAAAUGGUGGUUAGGCAUUGAAACGGGCUGUUCAAGGAAGCGGUGGAAUCACCACCCCUGGAGUGUUCAAAAGGUGUGAGGAUGUGGCACUUGAGGACAUGGUUUAGUGGUGAAUAUGGCUGUGCUGGGUUAGAGGUUGGAUUCCGUAAUCUUAGGGAUCUUUUCCAAUCUUAAUGAUUCUAUGAUUCUAUAUAGAAGGGAAAUAAUUUUACCUCCAGCUUAACUUUGCAAGCAGCAGCACGUACAUAGCAUCAGGGGAGUGUUUUGAGGAGAAGCUUCGACAGCAUUAGGUGGCUGCUUAAUAGAAAAACCUGCAUGCAUUUUGUGUUGCCUCUCAUGCGGCAGCAUGGCCAAAUAUUUAUCAAACAGAUUUUCCAGCUUCAUCAGAGCUUAUUUUCCCCCAAAAGCUGUCAUGUUAUUAACUGCUUUUUCAGGGGAUAUGUAUAAAUGGCAAUAAAAGUACUUGAGAGAAAAUAGAGGAAAGCACAGAUUUUAAGUGCAUUACAGUUGUGCUUUACUUAAGGGACCUUGAAUUUAUUUGCUUAGAGAUGACAUGAUCCUUUUUCCCCCCUACUUCCGCGUGCAUGACACUGCACAGUGGGUGCAAUAAGGCAGUAAAUGACACUGCACAGUGGGUGCACCAAGGCAAUAAAUGAAAGGUUUGGCAGUCCACUGGAAAGAAUUGUGCUGAUUGUAUCUGUCAGGUGAGGGGCUGGGAGUUCCCUGCCUCCUUCCUCCUUAGGAGGAAGACCCAGGGCAGAAAGCCGAGGCUGUGUAAGCACAGGUUGUCCAUGGAGCUGAAGGGGCUGAGGUUGCUCUUGGCUUGGCAAAGGACAGGCUGAAGGUCUGGUGCUGCAGAACAAGGAUGUAUCACUCAUAAUGGGCACAAAGAAUGCAUAUUUUAUAGUCCACAGAGACAUCUGGCAGAAAUCCUAAGAUGAGGAAGAAACUAACUGAGCCAACUCGUUUCAACUGUGCUGAAACUGCUGCUGAAAGAUUUCUUGGGGAGUUCAGUGUCCCUGUAGAGGAUAACUUCUUUUUUAUU